AUGUCGGAACCCUCGGUCGGGUCCCCUGCCGCUGGCGCUUCCACGGCAUUGACCAAGCGAAAGCCAAUGCCAAGAAAAGGACACACCAAGUCUCGAGCAGGCUGCGUCUGCUGCAAGAGGCGUAAGGUCAAAUGUGAUGAAGUAGCUCCCCAGUGCGGCCCAUGCCAACGACUAGGCUUGCCUUGCGAGUAUCUCGGCAAGCAGAGCCGAAGCCAGUCAUCCAGCGUGGCCCGGCCGUUGCGAACAACACCGGCCAUGUAUGAUGCUAACGACAUGAACUUUUUUCGACAUUUUCUGUUUGAAGCGUACCCGCCUCUUCCUGUAGACGGAUUUACUGUGUGGCAACAGGCCUCAAAGCUUUCGCACGAGUACGAGUUUCUGCUACACGCCAUGCUUGGCCUCGGGGCAUCACAUCUUGGUCUUCUGACUCCGAUUGACUACAACAAAGUUGCUUUGAAACAUCGAGUCACGGCAAUUAGGGAGCUCAACAGCCAUCUCUCAAAACCCGACAUCUCAAAAUCUGGGGGUGAAGCUGCGUUCGCCGCUAUGCUUGUCCUGACCUUUCAGUCAUCUUACAUGUCUGAUGGCAUGAUUGACUUUUUAACCAUGGUCAGAGGCUGCUGGCUUGUUGGCUACGGGGUGGGGGAUCUGGAGCAGACCAUCUUCAAGACGUUUGCGAGAUCCAGCUAUUACGAAAAGAUAAAGGUACUUGCUCAGCAGGACGAUACCGUACAUUACCUCGACGCUCUUAUUGCCAACCAGUUCUGCGCGAGCGUGAGGAGAAUUGCACCCUUUUGUAAGAGUGUCCCAGAGCUGCGUUAUCUCGCACACAUGGAAAAGAUAGCGAGCCUGGCAGCUAUAGACCCGGCAGAAAGCUACCGUGAACUGUCCUUCUUUUAUGACAUAUUAGGUGAACUUACCAGCAACGACUUUUCCCACUUUGUCGACCCUCAGAAUUAUGUUUCUCAACUGGUCAUUAUGCAUACUCUUGUUCUCGACUUUGUCAUGAGUAAGAAGGCAGUCGACGAGUUUGGCAAGACUGGAAUAGGCAGACAUGGUUAUGACUGUAGAAGGGCCAUGUCGAAAGUGUGGAUUGAAGAGAUUCAGGGGCGACUCCCCGCUGAAUAUCAAGAGUAUGCAGAGUGGCCAGUUAAGCUCGUCAAGAGUCUGAACUACUCGUUUGAUAAAGACGCUGAAGUUUGGGAGCCCUUCCUCUUGAGUAGGGGAACAGCGACUCUGUCCGAGACGGAUACCUUGUCGUUGGUGGAAGGGCACUCCGAUACAGACCAAGCUCCCGUCGAAUCUUCCUCCCUAUUGUCUUCCUAG